ACCGCAGGUUUGAACGGCGUCACCUGCCCACUGGACUGCUUUACGAGCGGGCGCCAUAGUGCGGGGCUGCAAGCUGUAGGAGGGUUCCAUCGGACGACAUUUGAUUCUGACGUACACUCGGGUAGAGUUACAACUCUCUGAGGCAUGGGGGAUGAGAAACGGAAAGGCGGGCUGAAGAACUGGUCCACCAAGAGGCUGGUCCUGCUGGCCCUCGUGGUGGUGAUCCUGUGUGUGGGCCUCGCCAUCAUCACCUGGUGGUUCGCCAAGCCUCACUACUGGGUGUGGCUGGGAGAGCGGGACUUCAGGGGAACCUUUGAAUACGAUGCAGUGUCGAAGCAGCUAAUAGUUAGAAACGAGACCGGACACGAAGUCCAGCGCGCCACGCUAGGAUACCGCAUGCCCAAGGUGGAGUGGACGUGGGACGACCCUUGGAUAUGUAACGAAGGGGACUACUGCUUCGACUGGGAGAGGAGAGGUGUUCUGUCCCUCGUGUACGAGGAACUGAUCGAAGAGCGGAACUUGCACUGCAUGAAUGUCACGUGGCAGGUGAACUGGGAGGGAAGAACAGAACAAGAGACGUUCUACCCGUAUGACUGUUUCGACACGACCCGAGCCCACUGGUACGGCGGUGCCGAGGUCUUCAGUCAGCGGUGGCCUGUCAACAACGGCUCCGGGGAGAUGCAGCCCUACAUCACCAACGACUAUCUGAGCUGGGGCACCUCCAACAGGGACCGCUACGGCAGCGUGAUGGAGAGGCUGUUCGUGACGUCAGAGGGCGUGGGAAUCGUGAUUGAAGAGGAUGUUCCCCUGCACCUGUCACUCAACGCCAGUGGUGAUGGGAGGAUGUGCAUCUUGUCCAACUAUACCUUUCACUUCCCGAACCCUCGCGGCAGGCUCCCACAUUUGAAGUAUUCGAUCUGUGUGGGUGAGAACGCCCGUCAGGUGCACGAGUACAUGUACCAUCGGUACUACCGCCAGCCCAGCGGUCUGCCCGCGGACCUGGUGCUCAAGCGGCCCAUCUGGUCCACCUGGGCCCGAUACAAGAAGGACAUCAACCAGUCCGUGGUGCUGGAGAUGGCGGCUGACAUCGUCUACUGGAACAUGUCCGCUAGUCAGAUCGAAAUUGACGACUUCUGGGAAACGCGGUACGGAGAGCUUCACUUCAACGAGACCAAGUUCCCGGGCCCGAAGGAUAUGUUCGACUACUUCCACCAGAAGGGUUGGGACGGUACCGUCUGGGUUCACCCUUUCACUAACAUCGACAGCUUCACUUUCGAGGACAAUGCCGCUUUUGGCGAACCAGACUACUGGGUGUCACAAGCGCCUCAAAAAGCGACGGGCCAACCGGACGUGCCGGGCUUGACGAAGUGGUGGUGUGGGACACAGUACGCUGCCCUGCUGGACGUCACCAACCCUCUUGCCCGGCGCUGGUUCGUGUCUCGGUUGGAGGAACUUCGUACCAACUUCACGAUUGACUCAUUCAAGUUCGACGGAGGAGAAGCCCAGUACCUUCCGGAUGUGAACUAUCGAACCUACAACACUUACACCAAUCCUAACUACUAUACCAGAGACUACGCGGAGAUGGCCGCCAUUUUUGGAGGACAAACGGAGGUACGUGUGGGUUACAGGUCGCAGGAGUUACCCCUAUUCGUGCGAAUGUUCGACAAAACCUCGGACUGGGGUUACGACAACGGUCUGAAGACCCUGAUCCCCACCGCUCUGCUGUUCUCCAUCCUCGGCUACCCGUACAUCCUGCCCGACAUGAUCGGCGGGAACGCGUACGACGGCCAGCUGCCCGACCGCGAGCUGUACAUCCGCUGGAUGGCCAUCAGCACAUUCAUGCCGACCAUGCAGUUCUCCAUCGCACCCUGGCAGUACGGAGCCGGCGAUGACGAAGAAGUCAUCCGCAUCGCCCGUAAGUUCCUGGAGAUCCACGAGCGGGACGUGUACCCGCAGCUCGUCACCUUCGCCAACGAGGCCGUCAACGGCCGCAGGUACGCCCCAAUCAUCAGGCCGCUGUGGUGGGAGGACCCAGAGAACAUCCUGGCACAGACCAUUGAUGACGAGUUCCUGGUGGGAGACCAGAUCCUCGUGGCGCCCAUCGUGGAAAGGGGCACAACUACCAGGGAGGUGUACUUCCCGAUAGAGGGCGUUAGUUGGCAGGACGCCCGUGACCGAGGCCGUGUGUACCGGGGCGGGGAGUACCGUACCAUUAGGGUGGAGCUGGAUGAGGUGGCUUACUUCUACAGAAAUUAGAAUAAGCCCUUUCUUAGAAAGAAUGUGGAGGAACAGAAUGCACUGUAAUUACACAAUAGUGCAGCAAAUGAGCGAUGCGAUGUACUAUAACUUUGCUGUAAAACUAGGUUAAUAAGCAUCCACUGCGGCUUGAGUCUUCGUUUCUUGAGUACACUCAGUGAUGCUACUAGGGCGAGAUAUUCUCCUUUUUUUCUGAGAAAAACUUUUGUUUCAUCUGUUACCCAAGAAUUUGAACAGAAAUGCCCACAUAGGUGGCAAAGAACACAACGUUCAUUUAAGAUAUGAAAUGUAAAAAAAAGUACAAAAAGAAAAAAUCGAAAAAAAAAGAAGAAAUGUGUUUGCUUCGGCUUUUUAGCGGUCUUAAAGAAGGUCAAGUUGCACCUGAAUAACAUCCGUUAAGAUAAGCCGACAGCUCACCUUCAUAUGUGUGUUGUUAUUGGUGGUGGGAAGAAGUUUAGCUGGAUUUAGAGUGUUAUUAGAACAAUGGAUUUGGUAUUGUUGCCAUAGAUCUAGACACUAACGUUUUAGAGUUAACCUACUAACCCCUACUAACAUUUCGUGUUUUGUGCUACUAACCCUUCUAAUAUUUCUGGCUGUCUUUUGUGUGGCUCCGCUUCUACUAACACUACUAACAAGUUACUGGUAAAAAUGUGUUGAUCAGACACAGACCCUAGAGUAGUUGUUGUAAUGUUAAUUUCAAAAUCCAUAGCACUCAUGAUUAUCACAACUAUAAGAAAUCAAACAGAAUGAUGCUCUACUUGCUUGAAGAUUAAGGAUCACAUUUAACCAACUUUCUUCUCUUCUGUCGUUCCGUUCAUGUCAUUUCAUAACGUAACAAUUCAUUCAUUUGCGCCACGUAGAAACUUUCUUUAAGAGCUUUUUUGUACUUACAGUUUACUUGGUAAGGACUUUUAGUAGACGUAAGAGACAAAGAGGAUGAAUUAGGGAACCUAUUUUUAGAGUUGGUGUCUCUCUUCAUCCGAAUUGAGUACAUUUUAUUGAGUUCUAGUCUGUGCUGUUAACAUUUAAGGUAAUAAAUGAAUCAUUUUGAGAUUCUUUUGGCCACUAAAAAAUCUAUUUAUGUUGGUGUUCUUCUAAUGUUUUAUUCAUUGUGUGAACGAAGCAAACAAGAUAGCAUUCCAACAUAUGUCAGAUUAAACAUUGAAUAGUGUUAGUAUAUUUUAAUUUUUAGCAUAUUUUUCUUGACAUCAACAACAUGUUAAACACAUUGAUUUAGAGAUAUAAGUUGAUAUGGGCGCAUUAGUUGUAUAGUGUAUCCUGGCAUGUGUAGAGAUGUAGCGACGCUUUUCAAAUUUCAAAAUGGCGGCUGCAAAUUCGCAGUGGCUUGUGGGAAAAGUUGUCAUCAGUAUGUGUACUGGUUUACUGUAAGUUUUCAGUCCUGGUAUUUCUGAUGACGACAUUUAUAUUGUAGAGUGCGUUGUGACUGUUUCUUAAUAAAUGGGUGCAUCUAGA